AUGUUCUUAAAAUAUUAUUUGAACCGAAUACUUGGACGAAAAUUAACGUUUGCUAAAAAGCCGGACAUUAUUUUCAUUGUAGACGCAUACAAGGACGUGCCGCCGCAUGACAUUGGGGAGCUGCAGAGUAAAUACGGGAUAAAAAAGAUCUUGAUACUGAAAAGAGAUGAUCUGGAUACCUUUCACGCCCAAGAACCCCUUGAUAUUCAAAGCCUACCUGAUUUGAUAAUAUACUGCAAUAACAAGCUUGAAUUCAAAUUACGUGAACCUGAAAUACUGUAUAAGGCAGAAAUAGUUUUCAGCAGAUUUGGAUUUGGUGAAAGAUUGUUUGUUGAAGCCUUAGACCACUAUUCGAGCUGUGUUAUCAACAGCGGUAAGUAAAAAUAAUUCAUUAUUAAAAUAUGUAAGUGUACUA